GAUAAUCAUUCAUUCAGAUUCAGCUAGGAUUUUAUUCGGAUUUGCGUUGGCAGGACAGAUCUCUGCUUCAUCCGCCGAUCAACCGCUUCCCACCGCCGGAAUUAUGAAUCCCGAGUAUGACUAUCUUUUCAAGCUCCUGCUUAUCGGAGAUUCUGGUGUUGGGAAAUCAUGUCUACUCUUAAGAUUUGCUGAUGAUUCGUACAUAGAGAGUUACAUAAGCACUAUUGGAGUUGAUUUUAAAAUUCGGACUGUCGAACAAGAUGGGAAGACGGUUAAGCUCCAAAUUUGGGACACUGCUGGUCAAGAGCGGUUCAGGACUAUUACCAGCAGUUACUACCGGGGGGCACAUGGAAUCAUAAUUGUUUAUGACGUCACAGACGAAGAGAGCUUCAAUAACGUGAAGCAGUGGUUGAGUGAAAUCGAUCGUUAUGCGAGUGACAGCGUGAACAAACUCUUGGUGGGGAACAAAUGUGAUCUGGCUGCAAACAGAGCAGUUCCAUAUGAAACAGCCAAGGCUUUUGCGGAUGAAAUUGGAAUUCCUUUUAUGGAGACGAGUGCAAAAGAUGCCACCAACGUGGAACAGGCUUUCAUGGCCAUGGCAGCGUCCAUCAAAGACAGAAUGGCAAGUCAACCAGCUGCGAACAAUGCAAGACCGCCAACGGUGCAGAUCAGAGGACAGCCAGUUCCCCAGAAGAACGGUUGCUGCUCGUCUUGAAAUUAUAUUAUGAUAUUAGUUUGAAGACCGUAAUAUCCUAUCUCCUUUGGUUUCUUGAACCCUUGUUUCUACUACACUCUUGUCAUUCUUUUGCUUAGUGGUAUACUCUGAACUUGGUUCCUGCAUGUAGAUAAUUAGUUAGUUACUUACUAAUCGCUCUCUCUAA